AUGGGCUCUGACGUGCGGGACCUGAACGCGCUGCUGCCCGCAGUGCCCUCGCUGGGUGGCGGCGGGGGCUGCGCCCUGCCGGUGAGCGGCGCCGCUCAGUGGGCGCCAGUGCUGGAUUUUGCGCCCCCGGGCGCCUCGGCUUACGGUUCCUUGGGCGGCCCCGCGCCGCCGCCGGCUCCGCCGCCACCCCCGCCGCCGCCGCCGCCUCACUCCUUCAUCAAACAAGAGCCGAGCUGGGGCGGCGCGGAGCCGCACGAGGAGCAGUGCUUGAGCGCCUUCACCGUGCAUUUCUCGGGCCAGUUCACCGGCACAGCUGGAGCCUGUCGCUACGGACCCUUCGGUCCUCCUCCGCCCAGCCAGGCGUCCUCCAGCCAGGCCAGGAUGUUCCCCAAUGCGCCCUACCUGCCCAGCUGCCUCGAGAGCCAGCCCGCUCUUCGAAACCAGGGAUACAGCACAGUCACCUUCGACGGGACGCCCAGCUACGGUCACACGCCCUCUCACCACGCGGCGCAGUUCCCUAACCACUCUUUCAAGCACGAGGACCCCAUGGGCCAGCAGGGCUCUCUGGGCGAGCAGCAGUACUCUGUGCCGCCCCCAGUCUACGGCUGCCACACCCCCACCGACAGCUGCACCGGCAGCCAGGCCCUGCUGCUGAGGACGCCCUACAGCAGUGACAAUUUAUACCAAAUGACCUCCCAGCUUGAAUGCAUGACCUGGAAUCAGAUGAACUUAGGAGCCACUUUAAAGGGCCACGGCACAGGGUAUGAGAGUGAUAACCACACCACGCCCAUCCUCUGCGGAGCCCAGUACAGAAUACACACCCAUGGCGUCUUUAGGGGCAUUCAGGAUGUGCGACGUGUGCCCGGAGUUGCCCCGACUCUUGUCAGGUCGGCAUCGGAGACCAGUGAGAAACGCCCCUUCAUGUGUGCUUACCCGGGCUGCAAUAAGAGAUAUUUUAAGCUGUCACACUUACAGAUGCACAGCCGGAAGCACACUGGUGAGAAACCAUACCAGUGUGACUUCAAGGACUGUGAGCGAAGGUUUUCUCGUUCAGACCAGCUCAAAAGACACCAAAGGAGACACACAGGUGUGAAACCAUUCCAGUGUAAAACUUGUCAGCGAAAGUUCUCCCGGUCUGACCACCUGAAGACCCACACCAGGACUCAUACAGGUAAAACAAGUGAAAAGCCCUUCAGCUGUCGGUGGCCUAGCUGUCAGAAAAAGUUUGCCCGGUCAGACGAACUAGUCCGCCAUCACAACAUGCACCAGAGAAACAUGACCAAACUGCAGCUGGCGCUUUGAGGGGUCCGACCUGGGGACGGUUCUGCGUCCCAGGCAGGACUGUGUGUGAACUAUUUCCCGCUCUGACUUUAAAGUUCCUCCUCACUCACCUCCCUCAGACGGAAGCGGCAGGCGAUCUUCAUCCAGCUUCCAAGACAAGAUGCCUGUACCACUGGAUCCUAUCAGGUUCGCCCGGAGGAGGUGCACUCUGCUCCGCCUGCUUUUAGUCGACCCGAAGGCCCUGGCGAAGCGGCUAACAAUGUCCAGUUAGCUAACAGCCCAUCUCUGCCGUUUGGUCUGGAUUUUCCACUGUAAGAAGAGCCAUUGUUGAUAACGUCCCCCCGCCCUCUUCUCCUUUUACGCUCCUUUUCACUAGGAAUGGAGUCAUUGUACCAUUUUCCAUCGUAGAAUAUUUAUAGGCCAGGGCAUGUGUAUGUGUCUGCUAAUGUAAACUUUGUCAUGGUUUCCAUUUACUAACAGCAAGAAAUAAAUCAGAGAGCAAGGCACGGGGGCUGAGUUCCGUCCGACAUUCCGGAGGUUAGGCAGGCCGCUAACCUGGAAGGCAGGCUGUAGCACUAACCAUGCAACUUUAAAACUCCGUGCGUUUCAAGCAGCUGAAAAGAGAAUCUGAACUAACCAGUACCUCUGUAGAGAAAUCUGAAAGAAUUUUUUCAUUCAGUUAAUACAAUGUUAACAUUAGCACAUGCUGUUAAGAAACUGUGCUUGAAGAUCUGAGAUUUUGGUUUUGUUUAUUUCUGACUUUUUUGAGAGGUAAUCCUAUGCAUCUUCAGAGGUGUACUUAUCUCCUCACACAAAGAAAGUGGAAUUCAUUUUUAUCAUUUGGGGUGUCCUUCGAGUGUACAGACCACGCUGGUUAUGUGGCUUCAAGUUGUAAAAAUUAAAGUGACUCUAAAAGAAAAUAGGGCUGGUCCAGGAUCUCCACUGAUAACUUUGAGUCUACCAGUGUAUGUGAAAAAAUGAGACUUACUAGUGUGAGGAAAUCCAUUGUUUAAAGGUGGUGGCGUGUGUGUAUGUGUGCAUGCUUGUGUGUGUGUGUGUGUGUGUGUGUGUGUGUUCAAAGGAGGGUGUUUAUUAUUUACUGUUGCUUGAAAUUAUUGUGUAAAUAAAAAUAUCUGAUCAUGAUUUGCUCUUUGACAACUAAAAUUAGGAAAUGUAUAAAUGUUAGAUGCAUCACUGUUUGGUGUUGAUCUUACAGCAUAUCAAUGAUAACACUAAAAAUGUAACCUGCAUUUUUCACUUCACUCUCAAUUAAUUAAAGGC